AUGGCUUCCAGAGUGGCUGCUGAUGCUGUAGAAGCUCUGACUUCUUUAGUUGUAAAUUCAAUGGACACUAAACGCAAGUGCCUUGGUGUAUUUGUCGACCUAAAAAAAGCCUUUGACACCGUGUGCAUCCCUAUCCUUGUUAAGAAACUGGAACACAUAGGUUUUAGAGAUACUCCACUUAGACUUAUAAAGGACUACCUCUGUAACAGAACUCAGAGGGUUAAAGUCGGGGAUUUGGUAAGUAGCUGUGAGACUAUAGACUACGGAGUACCACAAGGUAGUGUCUUGGGACCUACUUUGUUCCUAGUCUACAUUAACGACCUCUGUAACUUAAAAUUAAGAAAUGCCUCUAUUUUUUCCUAUGCAGAUGAUACAGCGGUGGUGUUUUCAAAUACAACAUGGGAUUUAGUCAGGGGUGAUGCGGAGGAGGGGCUGGAGGUGGUUGCCGAGUGGUUAAAAAAUAAUUUGCUUACACUCAAUGCACAAAAAACAAAUUACGUUACUUUCUCACUAAACAAUAGAACGCAACCACGUAAUUUUGAUAUUAAGGUGCAUAAUUGCUCUAACAUCUUGCGAGCCUUAGGAUGUCACUGUCCUUCUAUAAAAAAGGUUGACAAUGUGAAGUAUUUGGGUGUCAUCUUGGACUAUAGGCUUUCUUGGCAUGAUCAUAUUGAGCUGGUUGCCUCUAGAUUACGAAAAUUAAUCUGGAUAUUUAAAAUCCUGCGACAUGUUUCAACAAAAACAAUAAUAAAUAAAAUUUAUAUUGCCUUGGCUCAAUCUAUUUCCAUUUAUUGUAUCACGGUAUGGGGAGGUUCAGCCAAGAGCACAUUAAUUAAGGUAGAAAGAGCACAGAGGGCCCUACUAAAGCUACAGAUAGAAGCCGGUUCCGGCGAGGGACCCGGGCCCCCGGUGAACAACAACACAGAGGGCGCAGUUGCCAGUCCUCCGAGAGAUGAUAACCACAACGCCCAACUUACCACUCCACGAGCGACGGCACUGACGCCUUCGGAAAUUUUAAAAGUAUACGGCGAACGAUUGACGGAAUGGGAGAGAACAGAAGUCCGAAAAUACCCCGAGGUUUGGUUCCUGGGUCUUGAAGCAAAUAAGGUGCAGGCGCGCUCCAACCUCCCCAACAACUGCGGCUUUGAUGAUGAGAACGGGAGCUAUAAUAAACAAAUCCACGAUCACAUAGCCUACCGGUACGAAAUACUCGAGGUGAUCGGCAAAGGGUCAUUUGGUCAAGUGAUCAGAGCACUUGACCAUCGCAGCGGGAACCAGGUGGCUAUCAAGAUCAUCAGAAAUAAAAAGAGGUUUCAUCACCAGGCUCUCGUAGAGGUUCGAGUCCUCGAUCAUCUCAGGUUGAAGGAUAAGGACCAAACGCACAACGUCAUACAUAUGCUGGAUUAUUUCUACUUCAGGAACCAUCUGUGCAUCAGCUUUGAGCUUAUGAGUAUCAAUCUCUACGAGCUGAUAAAGAAGAACAACUACCAGGGCUUCAGCCUGAGCCUCAUCAGGCGAUUCUCGAGUUCCCUGCUCCGCUGUCUCAGGCUACUGGAAGGAGAGAACAUCAUUCACUGCGAUUUAAAACCUGAAAAUAUUCUGCUAAAAGCCAGGGGAAGUUCAUCAAUCAAGGUCAUAGAUUUCGGCAGCUCGUGCUACACACACGCGAGAGUCUAUACGUACAUACAGUCAAGAUUCUACCGGAGCCCAGAAGUCAUCCUGGGCUUACCGUAUGGUACACCCAUUGAUAUGUGGAGUAUGGGCUGUAUCCUAGCCGAGCUUCACACGGGCUACCCGCUGUUCCCGGGGGAGAACGAGGCGGAGCAGCUCGCCUGCAUCAUGGAGCUGCUGGGGCCUCCGCCGCCGGACCUGCUGGUACACGCCACCAGGAAACGGCUGUUCUUUGACUCAAAGGGCUCGCCGAGAUCAGUAACUAACUCAAAGGGUAGGAAACGGCGACCGGGGUCGAGGACGCUCUCCACGGCGGUCCGCUGCGAUGACCCUACCUUCCUCCACUUCCUGCACCGGUGUUUGGAAUGGGAUCCAAAACGUCGCAUAACUCCUACGGAAGCAACGCGCCACGAAUUCGUGACUGGCUGUCCUCUGGGAUCGACGCCAUCUGGAGUUCUGGCACUACCUCGGCUACCACCCCCACGACCAACGAGGACUGCUCUCCUUCACUCCCAGUCAGCUGGUGACGUCGCCGCCAUGUUGGGGAGAGCGUGA